AUGGUCUACGUGCGACAGGAGAAGCUGCCGAACUUGCGGCAAUACAAGUACUCGGCCGUCGACCACUCUUUGACGUCCAAAUACAUCCUCAAGCCAUUCUACACCAAUGUUGUCAUCAAGCUCUUCCCCAUGAGCAUGGCGCCCAACCUGAUCACGCUCACGGGUUUUAUGUUUGUUGUAGCCAACUUCCUCACUUUGCUAUGGUACAACCCUACCCUCGACCAGGAUUGCCCGCCUUGGGUCUACUACAGCUGGGCCGCCGGUCUGUUCCUCUACCAGACCUUUGAUGCCGUUGACGGCACCCAAGCUCGCCGUACUCGCCAGUCCGGACCUCUCGGCGAACUCUUCGACCAUGGCGUCGACGCCCUCAACACCUCUCUCGAAUGCCUUAUCUUCGCCGCCUCCCAGAACAUGGGCCAAAGCUGGUACACUGUCGCGACCGUCUUCGCCUCCCUGUUGACUUUUUACGUCCAAACCUGGGAUGAGUAUCACACCAAGACGCUCACCCUCGGCAUCGUCAACGGGCCCGUUGAGGGUAUCCUGAUCCUCGUGGGCGUCUACACCCUGACCGGCUACCUCGGCGGCGCCUCCUUCUGGCAACAGGGCAUGCUCUCCACCCUCGGCGUUCCCCAGACCCUCACCUUCGGCACCACCGCCUUGACUCUGCCUAGCUGGCUCUACAACCUCUCCUUCACCGAGUGGUACAUGGUCCAGGGCACCGUCGUGCUCGUCUACAACACAGUCGAAUCCGCUCGCAACGUGAUCCGCGCCCGCCGCGCCCGCGGCGACCGCUCGCGCUACGCCCUCGUCGGUCUCUUCCCCUUCUUCGCCACCUGGACACUCGUGGUCGCCUACCUGUACCUGCAGCCUAACAUCCUGCACGGCCACCUGGUGCCCUUCGUGCUCUUCGCCGGCAUCGUCAACGCCUACAGCGUCGGGCAGAUGAUCACGGCCCAUCUCGUCAAGCUUGAUUUCCCCUACUGGAACGUCAUGGUGAUCCCGCUCGGCCUGGGCGUCUUCGACUCCCUCGGCCCCGUCAUCCAAACGUACGCGCCCGACGGCCUCAAGAACCUCGGCUGGCCGUCGGCGCUGGGCGACGGUGUUUACCAGGUUGCUUUCAUGUUCUGCAUGCUGGGAAUGGCGGUUGGCGUGCACGGCAGCUUCGUGGCGGACGUCAUCGUCACUAUCUGCGAUUACUUGGACAUCUGGUGCUUGACUAUCAAGUACCCAUAUGUGGAGGGCCAAGAUGAUCCCAAGGUGUCUAAGCAGGUUGAGGGAAGCAAGGAGAAGAAGGCUCAAUGA